CUAUGAAGAAAAUGAUAGUUACCUCUCCACAUUCGUGCCGUUGCUGUUAUUUUUUUUAUCAUUUCGGAAGGGCAGACCUAGUUAAAGACAGAUUGAAAGCUGGUAAAACUCAUGUAAAGCUAAGAGGAAGCGCGCGCGGCUGCCGUUAAUGAGAGCUAGCUCGGCAUGGACGUUUUUUGUUUGAGUUUGUUUACAUGAUGGAAUACCCUCACGACAAUGGCUUAAACGCAGUUUAUCGACGUUAGAUUUAGCAAUGUUAGCCAUCAGAUCUUCAGACGAGGAGUCCGCUGAGAUUGAGGAGAUGGACACCUCAGAGCCAAACUGGUGCUGGUUCUAUUUGGCGGAGUGUGGAGUCUGGCACAUGUUUGAGAUUGAUCCCAGCGCGGCCUGCUCAGUGACCAGCGCUCAGAUUGAGCAGUGCUACAACAGGAACCAGCGUGGGGUCAUGGAAUUCUACACAGCCAAAUACACGUACAGGCUAGACUUUUCGGUUAUGCGACAGAUUAAUGUGACGACAGGAAAACAGAGACCAAUUAAACGCUCCCUGCACUCUGCUACUGGCUUUAGGUUUAUUUGUGAUAAUCUGGCCUUGCCUGUCCCCUGCCAUUGGGAGAGAAUCAAUACGGAUGAGCCCUACCAGCUUAUCCAGCUCGGCAGAGACACAUAUGAGUUUAAAGAAGUAGCCAGACUGUAUGAGAGGACGAUGGAUCAUCCCAUAAAAUCCAUCCAGAGGAUUCAGAAUUUGGACCUAUGGGAAUUCUUCUGCAGGAAGAAAACACAGUUGCGAAAAGUCAAGCGAACUCUGGAUAUUGAAGAACGAAUGCUGUUUCAUGGUACAGGACACAGCAACAUACAAGCUAUUUGUACGUUUAACUUUGACUGGCGUCUGACAGGGAGUCAUGGUGAUGUUUAUGGCAAAGGAAGCUACUUCGCCCGGGAUGCCAAGUAUUCCAGUAAAUUCUGCCACACGACCGGGAAACACAACACCACCUUACAGAGGCACGGACUCGCUCCCCCUAUAUUUGCCAAUGAGCCGCCCUAUAAAACUAUGUUCCUUGCCAGAGUGCUUGUUGGAGAAUACACAGUGGGCCAUCCUAUGUACUGCAGGCCGCCCUCCAAAGACGCCAGCUUUACCAACUUUUAUGACAGCUGUGUGGACGAUAUGGCGAACCCAAAGAUAUACGUUAUAUUCGACAGCAAUCAGAUCUACCCAGAGUAUCUAAUUGAGUUCUACUGAUGUUGAACUCUGGGGAAAUCGAUGAGUUGACAUACAGAGUCAGCUGGUUGGAAUAAGAUGGAAGAAAAUUAAGAGCCACAUCCAGUGAGUAACUGGAGCAUUGGAUUUUUCAAAGUGCCUUUGGAAAGUUAUGAAAAGAGGGGAGGGAGAAUGGAGGGAAAAUGCUGACCUGUUCAGCAUUUUGGAUCAUAUUUCCUUUUGCUUGUUAACCCGAAAAGUGGCUUCAGUUUGGAGAUUUACGGCAUUGUCUCAAUUCUGGCUGCACCUCUUCUUUUGAAUCCACAGUGCCAUGCAUUUGCCUAAUUAUAAUACCAAAUACAUGUUUUGUCUGUUUUCAACAUGUUGUUACUUUGCACCAUCAAACGACUGAGUACCUCCGGUUGUGGUCAGUGGUUUAUAUGCAGUCCUUUUGACAUUUAUUUUGCCAAAUUUAGCUGCGCUUUUGCUCAUUUUACUUUAAAAUUUCUUUUUGCUGGUUGGGAUGAUUAUAGAGCAUACCCCUUUAAAAAGUUAAUAAGCGAACAUUGGGUGCAUCAAUUUUAUUUUAUUGCGGAUUUUCUCUAAUUUUAUAGACAUAAAUGUUAUCUAACGCCACUUAAUAGCAGAUAACUUUAUGUUAGAUUGCUUUAUCUUUCCAGACCCAAUGUUGGUGAGAUUUCUUGCUAGCAUUUCCAAAUUUGUCUAAAUAUUAACCACUCAGUCUAAAACUUAAUGUAAUAGAUUUUGGGGUUGGAAAAGUAAAAAAGAACCAGCACAGCUGCAGCCUGGGACUGCAAGCAUCCUGCUGAUGAUCUGAUUGGUUGUCAGUGGUACAAGUACUCAUUUAAAAAGGUUGAGGACAUAAGAAAGAAGGACUAUUCCACAUGAUUGGGGAUUUAUGAUGAACGCUUCUGAUUUGGACGCUCUUUGGCGUUUAAAUGUUCAGAUAUUCUUCAGGCUUAUUAAUUCCUUGUAGGCAAAUCUUAAAAACCUGUUGCCAUGGAAACUACACAUUUAAAAAGACACCAUCCUUCCUAAUCUUUAAAUCAGAUCUAUAUUAAAGCUUUGUUUACAUAAAACAUGGUUUCCCUGCAACUUCCCAUUGGUCAUUAAGUCAAAAAGUAGUCUAAGUAUAGAGAACAUUAUCAAAUUAUGCACCUGAUUCUUUUUUGUUUUUAAUUUGUUUGUUAUACAAUCAUAACAACCUGGAAAAAAGGAAUUUAAAACUAAUGAUUAAACAAUCAUUAGUAAUGAGCGUAUAUAAACCUCUGACUGUGAGUGUAGCUCAGUGAUGUUGAGGAGGAAAUAAUCUCAAUGCCUGUGGAAAAACUUCACUUUAAAGAUGUAGUGCACCACAUCAUGCCAGUGUUUAUCAGCUACCAGACCCUCUUACCCAUCUGUACUAUUUCAGUGUGACCUUCUAAUUACUUUCCUCAUAAUAAGCUUCUACCUCUGUUGUUUAAACCAUUCGUCAGUGCACUUGUUACCCUUUCUAUGAAAGGUUUUACUUCUAAUUGUGUCACUUUGACGCAAAGUUCUAACGUUAUGUUCGUCUGCAGUUACUGUGUAUCGUUGAGGUUUGGAAGAUUGAAUAUCAGUCUUAUUACAAAGAGUGUGCUGCCUAGGUCAUUGCAAGGUCAACAUCAUAUUAGAAAUCCAAAAGGUUGAGCUUAUCACUGACUGCACCUGAGGAAAACCAGUUACCCUUGCACCUGGACUCUAAUUAAUCUAUCAAAAGUAUUGCCGGCACAUACAGUGCAUUUCUCAAAAGAAUUAGUUCACCUUAAACCUCAUUUUGGCACUUUACUGUCAACAUAUUGAAUGCAUUUUAAGUGACAAACCAACACAAAGUGGUGAAGUAUGCAUCGGUUUAGAAAUCUGAAAGGUGUGGCAUGCAUUUGGACUCAGCUCUGUAGAAGCUUCUUCAGCUGCAAGUCUUUAGGUUGCCUCUACCAGAUAUUGCUAGCUAGAGUCGAACUGGAUAAAGAGUUAAAAUUGAGAGCAGCUUUAAAGUUUCACCACCAAUAGUUUUUUAUGUUGAAUUUUAUUACAUAAUUGCAUUUUUUUUUUUUUAUUUAUCCAAAACAAUGUUAAUCUCUCUUUGGGAUUAUGUUGUCCUCUAACUGGAAGGUUUUUGUUGCCGCUUUAAGGAAGAAAUUAACGGCUUUCAUGAUUUUCCAUAAAAUCCAGUUUGAUAAAAGAGUACAAUUAAUAACCACUUUCUUAUUAUUAUCAUUUACCCACCGGGCAUAUUUGCUGCACCUCCAGAGUUUUUGAAAAAAGUUUCAACAGGUCUGUCUUAACAAGUUAAAGCUUAGGAAAUCAUUUUCUAAACUAACUGCUUGGAAAAAGAAAAAGAAAACUCCAGAAAAUCUGUUUAUUGUGCUGCUUGGCUCUCAAGCUGCUGUUUUUUCACUUAAAGUUGAAUUUCUAAUAAUAUUUACUAAUCAGGGGAAAGCAUCGGCUUUCUCUGAAGCUUAUUUAGGAAUAUCAAAUCACUCUGGAAGUAUGAAUACAUGCCACACCUUUAACAACAUUUGAAAACAAUUUUUUUUCCAAUUCACAUUUAUUCACUACUUUGUGUUGCUUCACCAAAUUACAUUCCUAUAAAAUAUAAAGUCUGGUUGUAUUAAAAAAAAAGCUGUGAAAACGUUCGAGGAAAAUAAAUACUUCCUGGAGGCACUGUCUGCGCUGUAGUAAGUAAUGUUGCUUAAUAUUGUAAUAUAGCUUUUGCUAUGUGAAUUUGUGGGAUUAUUUGAAAGGCUGUUUACGAGCUUUCAGCAUAGAUGAUACUAUCAGCAAGUAUAAGAAUGGACCAUUUUAGCUUCCAUUGUGUUCAGAAAAAAAGGCUGUUAUUGUAGUUCAGAUCUGAUAGCUUUGAGUGUGAGAGUCGGGUUUGUGGAAAGCUGUAUGUUUCUGUGUGUAUGUUGCACAGUGUAAUAAAUUUUU